GCGUGCAGCGGUUUUGCAACGCGGUUCUUCAAAAUUGGCCGAGGUGGGUUUGCGUUGAGUUGGGCCUGUUGCACGCCAGUCACCGACGAUCCGACGGCGCAGUUUCUGGCGGCUGGUCAUCGGGCGCCUCGGUAUCCCGAGAGGCGGCUGGGUCCUGGAGAAUGGUCGAGGGUCGCGUCGAAGAGGCAGUCGCUAAACUAAAAGCGAGCAGGAGUGCAUAAGGAGGACUGAAGGAAGGAGGGGCAUGGGAACGUGGCCACUGCGUUGUUGGUUCAAGCUUCCGCAGUUGAUUGCAACUUGGAAGUCGCUGGCGACCCCGCCCUCUGCAAGCAUCGAGAUGGGUUGCUGCAUGGCGUCCUACCGGUCGCAGGCCGAUCGCCCUGCUGAGGGCGGCCGCGGCGAGGAGGCGGAGGGGGUUGGAGCUCUCGCCGCGGCUCUCCUGGGCCGCCUGCAGCAGCAGGCCAGGCCGUCCGUGGCGCCCCUGACGACGCCGGUCCAGAGGCACGCGGACAGGGUGCCCAGCGGCGAGCGCGGCCUCAGCCUCGUCGCGCUGGGGGCACUGGAAACCUUCUACGCCGCACAGGGGGCGCUCGGGAAGGU